AUGUCGACUACAACAACAACAACCACUUCUAUUCAUAGGCCAACUGCCUCCAAGACUUCUUCUCUCCGACAGUCCACGCUCAAGAAGAACAUGUCUAUCACACAAACUUACUACCUCGCCCACAAGGCCCGAGCCAAGCUCUCGCGUGAGGCUGCUCAGCCCGAUCAUGACCUUCGACUGCUUGUCGGUCACGCCAACCUCCUCGAUUCUCUGAUGCUCGAGCUUGCCGACGCUGAGCGAGAACAAGAACGGUGGUUCAACCAAUCUGUACGAGGAGCAACCAAUGCUCAGCAAGAACGAAGGGUGCAGUGGGACGACAACAUUGUCGAAGAAGAGGACGAGGAUGACUACGACUCAGACUCUUCGGACUCUGACGACUACGAUUCAGAGGACGAGGAUGUCGAGAUGGCCAAUACUUCUAUUCCCGUCAAGCCCAUGAGCCCACGAAUCACACACAUCGAGCUCGACGAAGACAUGGAGGAGGACGAUCUUGAGGAGGACUAUGCUCAGCUAGAGCUUGUUCGAACACCAUCUCACUCUAACUCACCACCCGAGCUUGUCGACCACGACUCAGAUUCAUCUGAUGAUGACUCAAUGCCCCCAUCGCCACCCCAGUCCAUCCUGACCUUCGAUGAGAAGGAUGUCAAGGAGCAGUCGCAACAAGAACAAGAAUCCAAUUCACUCUACGAUGAGGAGUACUACCUGCCACCUCGAAACCCUGCGAGGCUUGUGUCGGCCAUCUCGGUCUACUAA